AUCGUCAAACCCCGACAUUUAACUCUUCGUCCUCCUCGACCUGGUCACUCCCACUCCCACUCCCACUCCCUGCCUGCUACUGGUGGGUUUCGUCGUGCUUUCCCUCCCUAUCGUUCCCAAAUUUCUUCGUGUUUCUGUUUUUUUACUCUCCUCCAUUAUCAAAUCUACCCAAUUACAAGCUCAGGAAUGGCUAUGGAAGCUUCUGAAAUCCAGGGGCCGUGCGCAGUCGAUUCGUCUCCCAAAAGUGAAAACACUUCGGGGAGAGCUGUAAUCGACACGUCGGCUCCGUUCGAGUCGGUUAAGGAAGCUGCGAAUCGGUUCGGUGGAAUGGCGUCCUGGAAACCCAUUUCGCAUCAGCGCAAUAAAGAGAUUGCCGGCAUUGUUGAUCUGGAGGAUGAGGCUGCACAAUUGGAAAGGGAUCUUAUGAAGAAGGAAAGGGAGACACUUGAUGUUUUGAAGGAGUUGGAAUUAACCAAGAAUGUUGUGGAAGAACUGAAAGUAAAGCUGCAGAACGAGGCGGUGAAAGUUGAUGUCACUCUCAAAGAAAACAGCAAUGUGAAUAUUGGUGCUCAACCACCCGAAGAGGAAAAAAAUCUCGAGGGUGAUAAGACUGUUUGUCGACCAAAUGGAAUCAAUGGUUUGGAUCUGUGUCCUUCAGAUGCACCUGGAUUCAUCCUCCUCGAGCUGAAGCAGGCUAAAUUGAACUUAAAAAGGACAACCGAUGAUCUUGCUGAUAUUCGGGCUACAGUUGAUCUGUACAAGAAGAAAAUUGAGAAAGAGAACGCGUCACUGGAGAAGACGCGGCAAAGGUUUUCUGCAAACACCUCGAAAAUUUCAAGUCUGGAGAAGGAGCUGAAAGAAACAAGAAAGAAGCAAGAGCUGAUGACAAGAGUUUCUGAAGGGAUAGGUGGUUUUGAUGAUGUUUCGAAGGAUCUGCAGAAAUUAAGUUCGGAAAUGGAACAAUUUAAGAAAGUCGGGGAAACUGCAAAGACGGAGGUUGUGACGGCAACGUCCAAGAUUGAAGAGACAAAGGCUAAGAUUAGGACUGCUGAGAUAAGACUUGUCGCCGCGAAAAAAAUGAAGGAAGCGGCCAGAGCUUCGGAAGCUUUGGUUCUAAUGGAGAUUAAAGCACUGUCGAAAAGUGAAAAGAAGAGUUCCGAAGAUGUGACCCUUACUUUUGAUGAGUAUUCGUCGUUGCUUUCGAAAGCUCGAGAAGGAGAGAAAUUAUGCAAGGAUCGAGUCGUGGAUGCAAUGGUUCGAGUGGAUGAGGCAAAUGUUUCGAAAACAGAAAUCUUGAAGAAGGUCGAAGAAGCUACGGAAGAAGUGAAAGUCAGCAAACGGGCGUUGGAGGAGGCGCUUAGUCGAGUAGAGGCAGCCAAUAAAGGUAAAUUAGCAGUCGAGGAAGCUCUGCGGAUAUGGAGAUCUGAGCAUGGCCACAAGCGGCGCAAUCUCCACAGCUCUACUAAAUUCAAGAAUCCUCAUCCAUCGGCACACAGGAGAGAUGCCCGUCUUCUAGAUGUAAAUGGGCUGAAUCUUGUCAAUGGUGAUGAGGUGAAACCAGUUCUGAAGCCAACACUGUCAAUCGGGCAGAUACUGAGCCAGAAACUGCUGCUGACGGAAGAUUAUGAGAAUGGGAUUCGAAACGAGAAGAUCGUGGGGAAGCGUAAGGUUUCGCUGGGACAAAUGCUUAGCAAGAUGAACACUGAUCAUCCACAUCCCGGUAAGAAAUCCGGGAAAGAAAACAAGGAUGCCCCUUGGAAGAGGAAGAAGUUUAGUUUUGGUCGAAUCUCCCUCCUCGUAACGAAGCAAAGCAAGAAGAAGAAGAGCUUAGCUCCAAGAUCAAUGUGACGGGGAAUGAUUUAAUUUAUUACCGAAGCUGCUAACUCUGUCUGUGUGUUCUUAGCUUAUCCUCCUGCAAUGGCGCUGUGCUUUCUUAGGUAGAUUUACUAGGAAUCGUUUUAAUUCAUGGAUUAGGUUGUGUUGGAAUCGAACGCUUGUAUGAUAUUGUGUGUAUGGUAUGGUGUGGUUUCGAGUCUUAAAA